AUGCUGCUGUGUGCGGUUUGUUUUCCGCACCACAUCGCCUCCGAGAACUUCAAGAUGGCUGCGGGAGACAACAGCGGCCGGGCGCCCUGUUUAAAUUUCUCCCCCCCGGGACCACUAGGGAACAGCCAGCCGAGCAACAGUCCGUACACUUUGGCUACAAACAACGCAGGAGGGUCCGCUAGUGCGGCCGGAAGCUCGCAGAGUGUAGCGAGACGGUCGAACCCCCAGUCGGGGCCUAGCGGCUCGGAAAGCACCGGUGUCGCGUCGGGGCUGCCGCCGAACAUAAGGAACUCUCUCCCGCAGGCCGCGGGUCAAGGCUCCGCGGUCGGCGGGUCCAUGGCGAGCGUCGCUACCAACAUGCUGGCCUCGACCUCGAACUCCCCGCCUACAGCAGCAGUACCGGCCACCCAUUCGUCUCUCUCUUCAGGAGCUCCGGCUGCAGCGGCGGUUCUGGUUUACAGAGAGCCCGUCUACAACUGGCAAGCGACGAAAAGUACCGUGAAGGAAAGGUUCGCCUUCCUCUUCAAUAACGAGGUUCUGAGUGACGUUCAUUUUCUGGUGGGCAAAGGACUCGGCGUGCAACGGAUACCUGCACACAGGUUUGUGUUGGCAGUUGGCAGUGCUGUGUUUGAUGCCAUGUUUAACGGCGGCAUGGCUACCACUUCGACAGAAAUAGAGCUCCCUGAUGUAGAACCUGCUGCUUUCCUGGCCUUGCUGAAGUUCCUGUAUUCUGACGAGGUCCAGAUUGGGCCUGAGACUGUGAUGACCACUCUGUACACGGCAAAAAAAUAUGCUGUUCCGGCCCUGGAGGCCCACUGUGUGGAGUUCCUCAAGAAGAACCUGCGCGCUGACAAUGCCUUUAUGCUCCUCACACAGGCACGGCUCUUUGACGAACCCCAGCUGGCUAGUCUGUGCCUUGAGAACAUUGAUAAGAACACUGGUGAUGCAUUGGCUGCAGAAGGCUUCACAGAUAUAGAUCUGGACACGCUAGUUGCUGUGCUCGAGCGGGACACGCUGGGGGUGCGAGAAGUGCGCUUGUUCGGUGCGGCGGUGCGUUGGGCUGAGGCCGAGGCUCACCGUCAGCAGCUCCAGCCCACACCUGAGAACAAGAGACGCGUGUUGGGUAAAGCCCUCACCCUCAUCCGCUUCCCUUUAAUGACCAUAGAGGAGUUUGCUGCAGGUCCAGCACAGUCUGGCAUCCUGACGGACAGGGAGGUAGUCAGUCUGUUCCUGCACUUUACAGUAAACCCCAAACCACGUGUUGAGUUCAUUGACCGGCCACGCUGCUGCCUGCGUGGCAAAGAGUGCAGCAUCACACGUUUCGGCCAGGUGGAGAGCCGUUGGGGAUAUAGCGGAACCAGCGACCGUAUCAGGUUCUCAGUAAACCGCAGGAUAUUUGUUGUGGGUUUUGGACUGUAUGGUUCCAUACAUGGACCCACAGACUAUCAGGUCAACAUUCAGAUCAUUCACACAGACAGUAAUACAGUUCUCGGUCAGAAUGACACAGGUUUUAGCUGUGACGGGUCAUCAAACACCUUCCGGGUCAUGUUUAAAGAGCCAGUGGAGAUUCUGCCCAAUGUAAACUACACAGCCUGUGCUACUCUUAAGGGUCCAGACUCGCACUAUGGUACCAAAGGGAUGCGGAAGGUUACCCACGAGUCCUCAGGGUCUGGAACCAAAACCUGCUUCACGUUCUGCUACGCUGCUGGCAACAACAAUGGCACUUCCGUUGAGGAUGGACAGAUCCCUGAGGUCAUCUUCUACACAUAGUGUGACCUUUGACUUUUUUAGGGUCCCAGGAGUAGAGGGCCCCUUUGGGCUGUUGGAAAAGGCUCAUUGGUGAACUUGCUGUUUUGACUAAUGCACUAAAACUGAUUGAAAGAACUGAGAUUGGUGAGUAAUGUACUGGAUGGUGGCACCACAUAGAGACUGCCUCCUACUAAGACUUUUUUCAGAAGUGGGAGCAGAGCUAAUCUGCUUGCUUAAUGAUAACUGAGAAGAAAAAAAUAUGGACUGUUGAGAAGGAGUAUGCUUUGUCCUCACGUUAAAGGUCCAUAUUGAUGUAACAGAGCCUGCAGACUGUAAACAAGUCACUUUUUAUAGUGGUAUGCCUGACCUGGAUGCUGUUUAACUGGAUUGCAGAACUGUUGUCAAACUUCUUGUCUAUAACAGCUAAUGCAGUGUGAGUUAAAUGGAUAUACCUGAGAUAGUUUGAGGAAAUUUUUCACUAAAAACAAUCGGCAUCUCCUUUGAGGAUGGAGUGUCAUUUGAACUGGAUUAACAGUAACUCCAUUACGCCUAUUUAUGGUAGCCAGCAAAGUAACAUUAGAGAAUGAAGCCAUUCGAGAACACUGGGGAAUUCUGCGCUGUCAGAUUCCCUCGCCUUUUGUGCCAAAAUAUUGUGCUUAAGUAGAAUGCCUCCUUAGAAUCUACUCAACAAGCUUUUUUUCUAUGAAUCUAUGCAUGCUCUGCCCACAAAUGCAGUUCCGUAGCAGCUGUUCUGAGGAUGAAGCUUUACAGAAAAGUGGCAGAAAUCCUAUUCAGGGAGGGAGAAUUUAGUCAGCAAAUCCAUUUGAGCAGCUUGAAUGGGAAUUCCACUUAACUGUGCAUAAUUUCAGUGGCUACAGUGUAAUCAAAGUCUUUCCGAGUGGUUGUGGUGUGAAUUGCUUCAUUGUAGAGUGACUAAGGACUAAGGAACUUUUAUUUACUAUUCAAAACCACCAGUGAACCCACACAUGUCUUCUGAGUUUUUAUAUGUAUUUUGUAUUUUGAUAACGGUAAAAUAGUAGUAAAUCCAAAAACAGUGUUUUCUUUGGGGACUAUUUUGCCUUAGUAUGUGCUACAUGUACCUCUCCACUGUGACGUGAUUUAAGUUUUUGGACAAACUUUAUUAAAAACUAUCAUAAAACAAUGUCUUUGACAUCAGGCAGCUAUUAUUGGUAACCAGUUUGUGUAAAAACUUUCUGUGCGGGACCUUUUUAGAGGAACACUUCACAUGUCUGGUUCCUUUCAUCACUGUUGUUCAGUACUAGAUUCUGGUAAGCUUCUCUAGAAUUAAGCUUUUCACAGCAACCCAUUCUGAAUGACUGUUUUACUUCUUAACCAUUUAGUUAUGCAGAACUUUAGAAAAAUCAGUGGAAUAUCCCUUUAAGCCAUGCUACAGAAGCUAGUGGUAUAGACCCACAAAUUACAAUUUUUUAUUAUUUAAAUGGGAUGUUUUAAUGGGGAACAGAGAGGAAAAAAAAA